UGUUGAAUAGAAGCGAUGAUGGGGGCAUCCUGAUCUUGUUCCUGAUUUUAAAGGGAAUGCUUUCAGAGUUUCACAUUUUAUUUCCAGAGGACUUCCCUGGUGGUCCUGUGGCUAAGACUCCAAGCUCCCAAUGCAGAGGGCCCUGGGUCUCUCCCUGGUCAGAAUAUGGUUUCUAGUUUUAGGGUUUCUGAACUACAAGUGUUACUAGGCUUUGCUGGACGGAAUAAAAGUGGACGUAAGCAUGACCUCCUGAUGAGGGCGUUGCAUUUAUUGAAGAGUGGCUGCAGCCCUGCGGUUCAGAUUAAAAUCCGAGAAUUGUAUAGACGCCGAUACCCACGGACUCUCGAAGGCCUUUCUGAUUUAUCCGCAAUCAAAUCACCGGUUUUCAGUUUGGAUGGUAGCUCCUCACCUGUAGAACCUGACUUGGCUGUGGCUGGAAUCCACGCGUUGCCUUCCACUUCAGUUACGCCUCAUUCUCCGUCCUCCCCUGUUGGUUCUGUGCUGCUUCAGGACACUAAACCCGCGUUUGAGAUGCAGCAGCCAUCUCCCCCAAUCCCUCCUGUCCAUCCUGAUGUGCAGUUAAAAACCUUACCCUUUUAUGAUGUCCUUGAUGUUCUCAUCAAGCCCACGAGUUUAGUUCAAAGCAGUAUUCAGCGGUUUCAAGAGAAGUUUUUUAUUUUUGCUCUGACACCUCAGCAAGUUAGAGAGAUUUGCAUAUCCAGGGAUUUUUUGCCAGGUGGUAGGAGAGAUUAUACAGUACAAGUUCAGCUGAGACUUUGCCUCGCAGAGACAAGUUGCCCUCAAGAAGAUAACUAUCCCAAUAGUCUCUGUAUAAAAGUGAAUGGGAAGCUAUUUCCUUUGCCUGGCUAUGCACCACCACCUAAAAAUGGAAUUGAACAGAAGCGCCCUGGACGCCCUUUGAAUAUUACAUCUUUAGUUAGGUUAUCCUCAGCUGUGCCAAACCAGAUUUCCAUUUCUUGGGCAUCAGAAAUUGGAAAGAAUUACUCCAUGUCUGUAUAUCUUGUACGACAACUCACAUCAGCCAUGUUAUUACAGAGAUUAAAAAUGAAAGGUAUUAGAAACCCUGAUCAUUCCAGAGCACUAAUUAAAGAAAAACUUACUGCAGAUCCUGACAGUGAGAUCGCUACCACUAGCCUUCGCGUGUCCUUGAUGUGCCCUUUAGGGAAAAUGAGGCUGACAAUCCCAUGCCGUGCGGUGACUUGUACACACCUACAGUGUUUUGAUGCUGCCCUUUAUCUGCAAAUGAAUGAGAAGAAACCCACCUGGAUUUGUCCUGUGUGUGACAAAAAAGCUGCCUAUGAAAGUCUAAUUUUAGAUGGGCUUUUUAUGGAAAUUCUCAAUGACUGUACUGAUGUGGACGAGAUCAAAUUCCAAGAAGAUGGUUCUUGGUGUCCAAUGAGACCGAAGAAAGAAGCUAUGAAAGUAUCCAGCCAACCAUGUCCAAAAAUAGAAACUUCAGCUGUCCUCAGUAAGCCUUGUGCAGUGACUGUAGCCAAUGAGCCAAGCAAGAAGAAAGUGGAUGUCAUUGACCUGACAGUAGAAAGCUCUUCUGAUGAAGAGGAAGGCCCUCCUGCCAAAAGGAAAUGCAUCUUUAUGUCAGAAACACAAAGCAGCCCAACCAAAGGGGUUCUCAUGUAUCAGCCAUCUUCUGUAAGGGUGCCCAGUGUGACUUCGGUUGAUCCUGCUGCUAUUCCGCCUUCAUUAACAGACUACUCAGUACCAUUCCACCACACGCCAAUCUCAAGCAUGUCCUCAGAUCUGCCAGGUUUGGAUUUUCUUUCCCUUAUUCCAGUUGAUCCCCAGCAGUACUGUCCUCCUAUGUUUUUGGAUAGUCUCACCUCACCCUUAACAGCCAGCAGUGCGUCUGUCACCACCACCAGCCCCCAUGAAAGCAGUACUCAUGUUAGUUCAUCCAGCAGCAGGAGUGAGACAGGGGUCAUAACCAGCAGUGGAAGUAACAUUCCUGACAUCAUCUCACUGGACUAAAGGAGGACUCACUCGAUUCUAGGAAUCAUUCAUCAGAACUGCUCUUUCUUGGAUCUCUGGUCCGUGGAAGCUAUUUUUUUGCUAAUGAUUACUUUGGUAUUUAUUGAAAUGUCAGAUGGAUUCGUUUGCCUUCUGAGAGAUGAACACAGAUGACUGCAACAAGAACCACAUGACAUGCACGGAUUUUUUUUACUCUUGAUGUACUCUGGAGCAUCAGAUACA